CUAGUGGUAUUAGCCCUAGUUUAAGUUUGUGUUGUGUUUGUAUUGGGUUGGAUUUUAGUCAAUUCCUAAGGGUUGGUUCAAAUGGGUUCGAUUUUUUUCUCUUAAAUGAACAGCAAGUCAGUAACACAUAAAAUUGAGUAGGCAAAGUAAAAAGGAUAAAGGAUGCAGGCUUUUCACUCGGAAAAGAGGAAAGACGGGCCUGACUGAAAAUUGAUUAUGGGCCUGUAAAUUGUCUAAGCGAACUUCUACUUUUCAAUUGACGGACUGUAAGUUAGCAAUAGGAUUAUGGGCCGGCAACCAUUGUACAACGGUGGUCAUGUGGCGUGCGACAGAGCGACAUUGAAACGGGACAACACGGAGGCGCAGGAACGGAUGGCGAGAUCGAUGAUGCAGAGGCCAUUGAAAGAGACAAUCUUCCGCUUGGAGGCUGGAGGACCUGCUUGCUGCGGCCGGAGGAGCUACGGCAAGAAGAGGCCGAUGUCGAGCAGAAUUUACGGAUUGUGAACUACAAUUGUGAAAUGUCGAGGGAAAAAAACUACACGACGUUAAGGUCUUGCAUGGCUCUCCGUUAAUUAAAUAAUUUGGGAGAGGCCGGUUGGUCAUUUCUAAUGGGCCACUGAAUUUGGACCAUUGUUCAUUAAACCAACCCAGCAGUCACAUCAAUUCUACGUGGAC